UAGCAUGUGUUUACUACGUGGUUAGACAAACGAGGUUUGUGUGUGUGUUUUGAUGUUUUGAUAACUUUUCAUUUUAUAGACUUUCAUUGUGAAUAACAUGGGAAAGUCAAAAGAAAAAAAAUCAAAAAUUCGAAAAAAUAAUCCCAUUGGUAUUCCUAGUGUGAAAGAGUUAGAAGAGAGAGAAGAAUUAAUGAUUACUAACUUUCAAACCGGCACCAUCGAAUCUGUCAUAGAAAAGCUUCAAAGUAGAGCUGCCGAUGAUAAAGAAUGUGCUGCUUUUACUAUUGCUAAUAUGGCGGACAAUCCGAAAUUUGUUGCCUCAUUGCUUGAAAAUAAAGUUAUACGUAUUGCUGCACCUCUUCUUGUAGACCGUAACGUGGCUGUCAGGCACGCUAUUGCUGGUUGCUUACGGAAUGUAGCUGCAUGCGGAGAUCAUUCUGUUUGUCAGGCAAUGGUAGAUCAGGAUAUCUUGACAAGUUUAGUCACCCUUUUCCAACAGGUUUGUUAUUAAUAUUUUAGACGCUUUAGCUCCGCACAAGCAUCCUGUAGUGU